GACUUUCUUAACCAUGACAAAACCAACCGAAGUAGAGCUUCGGCCGCCGUCGCUUGCUUCCACUGUGCGCUCUCGUCGAUCUCGCACCUCGAAUGUAGAACCUGAGAUCACUCCAGAAGAACGCAAACUGGUUCGAAAGUUGGAUUGGUUGAUUCCACCAUGGAUUGCUAUUUUGUACUUUUUGAGUGUCGAGGAUAGAGCCAAUGUCGGCUUUGCAAUGACUAUGAACAAGGAAUCAGGUCACGAUCUCGCCACUGUUGCUGGGCUGACGGCCCGUGAAAACAAUAUAGGACUCGGCUUGUUCUAUGUAGCUUAUAUCAUAUUCGAGGUACCAAGCAAUCUGGUCAUGACGAAACUCAAUCCAAGCUUGUGGAUCUCGAGAAUUAUGGUCACUUGGGGAAUCGUUGUUUGUUGUAUGGCUGCCAUCUCCCAGCCAUGGCAUUUUUACUUGCUCCGAUUCCUUUUGGGCGUUUGUGAGGCAGGAGCAUGGCCAGGUUUUGCAUACUACAUGACGUUAUGGUAUCGACCCAGCGAAGUCUCUUCAAGACUAGGCAUUACUUACCUUGCCGGUCCUGUGUCAGGCGCUUUCGGAGGUUUGAUCUCUGCUGGUAUUCAGCUUAUUGACACUCGAGGCAAUUUGUAUGGUUGGCAAUGGCUCUUCUUGAUAUCCGGCAUCAUAUCGGUGGUGUUUGGUUUCGCCAACUUUUGGGUGCUUCCAUCUAGACCGUCGUCAGUGAAGCGGUUUCUUAAAGGCGAUGAGAAGAAAUUAGCCAUAGAAAGACUACAGUAUAAAAAUAUGGAAGAAGACGAUGAGACUAAGGCUCCGCAGUCGAAGUAUUGGCAUGGAUUACGCGAACGGCUAUUGGAUGGCAAAACAUGGUUGUUCUGCAUUCUGUACCUAUCACCUGUCAUGGCAGCUACGUCGUUGGGCUACUUUAUACCAAAGAUCGUGCAACAAAUGGGUACCUACAAUUCUAUCCAGGUCAGUUUGAUGAGUGUGCCACCCUAUGUCUUUGGUGCACUUUCGGUUUUUGUGACAACGUCAUUGAGCGACCGUAUCGCCAUCCGAAGCUGGUUCAUCAUUAGCUGUUGCGUACUGAGUUUCGUGGGCUUUGUGAUCCUAAGCUUUGCUCCCUCCGUGGGUGCCCGCUAUUUUGGAUUGAUGGUGGUCGCUGGAGCUACCUAUCCGACCGUUCCCUUGACAAUGGCAUGGACAGCAAACUCAAACGAAGGGGAUGUUGCCGUGGCAUCUGCAACGGGAAUCGUCUCGUCCAUGGCAAACUUUGGUGCAUUGAUCUGUACUUUUGCGCUGUACACGGGCUGGACGAGUGAUGCUCCACGUUAUAUUGGUUCCAAUAUGGUGAAUGGCGGAGCCAUGCUCCUCGCAGCCGGUAGUGCUGUUAUCUUGCGCACUUGGCUUUCUCGACUGAACAAAAAAUCCAUAGAUGAAAACAAUUUUCAAACCAAGCGAAAGGUAUAUUUACUUUAAACUUUUGGCAAUUCUGUAUGACUAUAAUGCAACAACAUACCGUACACAUUGA